AUGUCAGUGACAUCGGCGGCAACAAGGACUGCAACCAGAACUAUCACAAGCGGCACAACGACGGCAACGGCCACUGCCAUGGCGACAGGCUCGGGCUCGAUGGGCAUGAGCAUGAGCAAUGUGGUGGGCAGUGCUGGCGAAGUCUGCGAGAUACACAUGCUCCAGUUCUCGCAAUCGAACGACCAACUGACAUUCCGACUCCCCUCUUUACAGAUGCUCUGGAACUGGCACACGAUCGGCGCGUGCUUCAUCACACCACAAUGGCAGAUCGGCUCCCAAGGGGCGAUGGUCGGCACCUGCUUCGGCGUGGUCUUCCUAGUCAUGGCGCUCGAGGCUCUCCGGCGCAGCACGAAGCAAUUCGACCGGUAUCUUAUCCGGAAACACAGGGAGACGGCCGACGCCCGCUACCACCAGGUGUCGCCAGUAGCCCCGGUGGACGCGAAUCACCGAACGCUGCCAGCCCCUGUCACGGCGCCGGCGGAGUGCUGCACCGGGUCUAGGAAGUCCAGCACAACAGCCGUGGCGCCAGACUGGACUGGUAGCGGUGACGCUGCCGCCAGCACGAGGGAGAAGCCGGGCUUGGCUGCGCAGUCUGCCCGGGGCGGUGCCGCCACUGGGGGUAUGACUGUGGUCACAAGUGGGGAGCAUGCCUGCUCUGCCCCAUACCGCCCUAAUCUGUGGCAGCAGAUGAUCAGGGCGCUGUUGCAUGCGGCACAGUUCACUGUCGCGUACAUCAUCAUGAUGCUGGCGAUGAACUACAAUGGAUACAUACUAAUCUCGAUCAUUAUUGGUGCAUACUUUGGCGCUUUCUUGUUCUCGUGGGAGACGCUGUGGGAGGGCCCGAGGUCGAACACGAGCGCGGCGGAGGAGCCGACCGUGUGCUGCUCAUGA